CUUCCGCGAUCCCCAGGGGGCUCCCGGCUGCAAGCAGCCGCCGCCGAAUGACUUCUGACAAAAAGCCCUUGACCACCAGGGCCGGCCUCUUCCUGCGAGCCCCGCGCGCUGCGAUCCAGGAAGUGGAAGCCAGCGGCCCCGCGCUUCCCCACUGGGCGCGCGGCAGGCGGCGGCGCCUAGCCCGGCCCUCGGCAAGGGACAGCGCUGGCGCCACGCGGAGGUCGCCGCGCCCCUGAGUCCCGCGGAGCCGCGUCCCCCAACUGCGGGCCCCACGAUGAGACGUGCUGAGGAGCCCGCGAGUGCCCACCCCGCCGGUCCUGUUUCAGAUGCUGGCAAAGGAGAGGGAGAAGAAGACGAGGAGAAAGAUGGCAUGAGGCUUGGUUUGCCAACAACCCCAAAGAACUGCAUCCCACGCCGGGGCAUCAGUGUCCUGGAGAAACUGGUGAAGACCUGCCCUGUGUGGCUGCAGCUAGGGCUAAGCCAGGCAGAGGCUGCCAGGAUCCUACAGCGGGAGAGCGCUGGGAUGUUCCUGGUUUGCCGGGACAGCAGCCUGAAACGCCUGGUGCUGUGUGUCCAUUUCCCUUCCCUGAAGGACAGCUCCACGGAGGUCCUGGAGUACCCAAUUAAAGAAGAAAAAUCUAUAUUGUACCUGGAAGGCUCAGUUCUUGUGUUUGAGGACAUCUUCAGACUCAUCGCUUUCUACUGUGUCAGUAGAGACUUACUGCCCUUCACGUUGCGGCUGCCCCAGGCCAUCCUUGAAGCCAGCAGCUUCCUGGACCUUGAGACCAUCUCCAACCUGGGCCUGGGCUUCUGGGACUCCUCACUGAACCCACCAAGAGGUCCUGUCGAGCCCCUCAGAGGCCCAGCCCCUGGGGCCCCUGCAGCCUCCAGCCUCCGGCCCACAGCGCAUUACGCAAACUGUUCCUGUGAAAUCGAGCUGUCGGUGGGAAAUGACCGUCUGUGGUUUGUGAAUCCUAUCUUCAUCGAGGACUGCGUGCUGCCGGCUGAUCCACCACCUUUUGGCAGCUGCCCUCCACGCCUGGUACCUGCCGCUUCGGAUGCUACCUCACCAACCUCCAAGGGAUCCCCACGCCGUCCCCCACCUCCACCUCCCAUACCCACCCUUCCUCCAGCGGGCCCUGUCCAGCCUCCUGCGCUUCCUGUGUCUCCUGCAGCUGCUGUUCCUUUGCCCAACUCCCCACUAAUACCCACCUCUCACCUCGCACCCCAUGCACCAGGCCCCCCAGGCCCUCCAAACCAACCACCCAUGACAGCCUGUGAGAGUCUCCCACGCCCAGCGGUAAGCCUGGGCCCCUUUGGGGAAGAAGAGACGAAGCCUGGGACAGCUCCCAGCCCCUUGCAGCCAGCUCCUCCCCCUCCACUGCCCUUGAAGAAGACUCUUCCAGCAGCUCCUCCCAGACGGCGCAUCUCUGAAAGGGUGUCUCUGGAAAGCCAGAAUGUGGGAACUACAGCAGACAGGGACCUCCCAAGUAUUUCCAGGGCAGCCUCGCUCAGCCUUCCUUCCCAUGGCACUGUGAGCAGUCUUGGGGACAGGCCUUCAAGGAGCACAGAGCAAGGCCAGGAUACAGAGUCCAAAGCUAGCCGUGCUGACAAUGUACCAGUGUCUCCUGGCAAGACCAAACAACCUCCUAUCCCACCCCCCAGGAAGAAGCGGGUCUCUCGGCAGCUGGCAGCCGCCACCCUUCUCAACCCCUUGGGGAUCUCUGAACAGCCCAUACAAGAGGCAUCCCCUGAGAAACCAGCACCUGGUGCACCUUGGGAAGGCUUGAGUCCAGGCCCCCAAGCUGGCAUGCAACACCUCCAUGCCCAGACCAGCACCUGUCCCCAUAGCUCUCCAGAGUUCAAGGGUUCCCUGGCCUCGCUCUCAGACAGCCUGGGGGUGCCUGCCUCAGGCACUGACCAGGACUCCUACUCAACCAGCAGUGCAGAGGACGAGCUGGAGUUCAGCAGCCCCAACGUGAAGAAGAAGCCCUCGAUGAUCCUGGACAAAGCCCGCCACCGCCUCAGCUUCGUCAGCUUCGCCAGCGUCUUCCACGCCUUCCUCUCCAAUGACCGCAAGCUGUAUAAGAAGGUGGUGGAGCUGGCACAGGACAAGGGCUCCUACUUUGGCAGCCUAGUGCAGGACUACAAGGUGUACAGCCUGGAGAUGAUGGCCCGCCCGACAUCCAGCACGGAGAUGCUGCAGGAGAUCCGAACCAUGAUGACCCAGCUCAAAAGCUACCUGCUACAGAGCACUGAACUGAAAGCCCUGGUGGAACCCAACCUGCACUCGGAGGAGGAACUCGAAGCCAUUGUGGAGUCAGCCUUGUACAAGUGUGUCCUGAAGCCCCUGAAGGAUGCCAUCAACUCCAGCCUGCUGGAGAUCCACAGCCGCGAUGGCUCACUGCAGCAGCUCAAGGAGAACCAGCUGGUGAUCCUGUCCACCACCACCACCGACCUGGGCGUGACCACCAGUGUGCCUGAGGUGGCUGUCAUGGAGAAGAUCCUGCAGAAGCUGAGCAGCAUGCACAAGGCCUACUCACCUGGGAAGAAGAUCUCCAUCUUGCUGAAGACCUGCAAGCUUAUCUACGACUCUAUGGCCCUCGGCAACCCAGGGAAGCCCUACGGGGCCGAUGACUUCCUGCCUGUGCUCAUGUAUGUACUGGCCCGCAGCAACCUCACUGAGAUGCUCCUCAACGUGGAGUACAUGAUGGAGCUCAUGGACCCCGCCCUGCAAUUGGGGGAGGGUUCCUACUAUCUGACCACCACCUAUGGGGCCCUAGAGCACAUUAAGAACUACGACAAGAUCACAGUGACGAGGCAGCUGAGCAUGGAGGUGCAGGACUCCAUCCAUCGAUGGGAACGCAGGCGCACGCUCAACAAAGCCAGGGCCUCCCGCUCCUCUGUGCAGGACUUCAUCUGUGUGUCGUACCUGGAGCCUGAGCAGCAGUCACGGACACUGGCAUCCCGGGCAGACACAGAAGCCCAGGCACUGUGUGCACAGUGUGCCGAGAAGUUUGAGGUGGCACACCCCCAAGACUACCGGCUCUUUGUGCUGGUGGACAGGCGCUGCUUCCAGCUAGCCGAUGAGGCACUACCACACCGCAUCAAGGGCUAUCUGCUCCGGAGUGAGCCAAAGCGAGACUUCCACUUCGUGUAUCGACCCCUGGACAGUGGCAAGGAUGGCUCAAACCAGCCCUAUCUAGUGGUGCGGGAGCCCAACUUCCUAUGAGAUGACCCAUUGCUGACCUGUGGUGGCAGGGUCUCCUGAGACUGGGAGUAUAGAGGGGCAAGGAUCGGGCUCUCAGCGGCCACUCCCAAACUCAGUCAAUCAACCAUGCCCAUUUAUUCAUCUGAGUGUCUGACCACACAUACUCCCAACACAAGUGCCUGUGUGGGUCACACUGGUAUGCCACCCACUGAGCAUGCCUAAACGGACAGGGCAGAGUCAUAGCCUGGGGCACCAUGUUCUUCUUUGUACAGACAGUAAGGAAAAAACUAGGCUGAGGAGGAAAAGGCUCUCUAGCCAGCUGUAGCAAACAAGCCCAGCCCUGCUCACGCCCAGCCCCUCAGGCCAUUCUCUCUGCCUUUCCCCAGGUCAUGCCCCACCCCCCACUCCCACCUUCAAGAAAAGAGCUUUUUCCCCAGGACUGGCUAACAGAGGGGUUCCUGGCCCCAGCUGCUUGCUCCCUGAGCCUCAAGAUGGAGCUGAGAUGUUCCACACCAACCCAAGAUCUCAGGAGUUUCUCCACGUGCGUGUUGAAGAGACAGUCCUACACCUUACCCCUGCCUCAGUGCUUGUCAUCAGCUACCAGACUGCCUAGUCUGCCAGGGUUCCUGAGCCCCACUGGACACAGCCAAGCCAGCUCCAGGAAAACAUGGACAAGUUCAGACAAUGCCAUGAGAUUGGGGGUGGGAGCAUUGAAGGUCCUGUCCCCUGAUGGAAACACCACAGUGGGUCAUCAGUGUUGACAAGAUACACUGUUUAUGUGUGUUGUGGGUGUUAAUAAAAGCCCUUUUGCAAAAGCUAAGUCCUCUGAACUGGCCAAACUUCUGCUCAACAGUCCAGGGUCAUGGUGCAUCAUCACCAUCCUUGGUCCCCAUCACCCUAGGCUCUAGAUGAUUUCUAGAACCAUCCCUUCUGCCCUUUGCUAUUACUCUUGGGAAUUCCAAUCUUUUUUUGCCCUCAGCUCUUAUGUCCGUCCUUCAAAGUCCAUCUCCAGGAAGCCUUCCUUGACUCCCCAUGUUAGUCACGCACUGAUGAACAAGGUAUGUAAAGACAGCUAGCUGCUCACAACUAUCGGUUUCAUUAAUUCCUUUCUUCAUUCAUUCAUUCAUUUAUUGAGACACGGUCCCCUGAGUAAGUCCUCAAGCUCAUUAUGUAGCCAAAGACUACUAGGACUGCUUGGAGUACAGGUGUGUACCAUCGU